AUGGAGAGUCUUCCAUGCUUGCACAUCCAUACUCGAUGGUCGGUCGGCUCCGUGUUGAAGUACACUGCUGUAGCCACGACCUUCGAGGAACGCGUCGACUCGGAUCGACCACAGCUCGUAGUUAUCUUUACCGAGCUUGGUGAUCUUGACGUCCCCUUCAUUCGAUACAUUGGUGGUAGUCGUCGAACUCAUAACCUGUUGCAAAACCAUCCUGGUCGCCUUAACCAGUACACCAAAAGUGAAGGCACCUUCAAGAGAUGCAUGCGCCGAAUCCUCUUUCAACAGGGUUGCAACUAUAGACAUUAA